AUGGAGGGGCCGCUGGGGCUGCCGGCGGAGCCAGGGCGGGCGAAGGCGGCAGCGGCGCGGGAGAGCACCGGGGCGCUGAAGGCGUGGCUGGCGCGGCACCCCCGGAACCCGUACCCCAGCAAGGGCGAGAAGGUGAUGCUGGCCGUGGUGAGCAGGAUGAGCCUCACCCAGGUCUCCACCUGGUUCGCCAACGCCCGCCGGCGCCUCAAGAAGGAGAACAAGGGGAGCUGGGCCCCGCGCGGGGCCUCGGACGGCGACGACAGCGAGAGCGAGGGGGGCCCGGGAGCACCCCCCGGCCCCGGCCCUGCGCAGGAGGGGGGGCCGGGCCCCGGGCAGGGCAAUGAGCCCCCAAAACCCAAGAUCUGGAGCGUGGCGGCGAUGCUGGCACCCAGCGAGAGCCGGGAGCAGGCAUAG